CAGGCCUCAGCUGUUUCCCGCCAAACGCCGCUACCAGAAAACCGCUGUGAGGCGUAGCGUAUGUUUGUCAUCCCGCGCUGCAGCGUACUAGUGAAAUACCAAAGUGAAGAAACUUUUUUUUUUUAAAUAGGAAACGUUGUCAGUGAUUGCACACUUUUGGGGUGCGAAGAUUAUGUCUGUUUAUGCCGGCGACGAGCAAAUAGUGUUCGACGGCAUCUCCGAGGAGAAAAAAGAGCUUUUGGGAAACGCGUCGAGUCGAAUAAACAAAGGCGGUGAACCACCCACAGCGACGAUGGAGGCCGAAAAGAGAAUCAGAAGAGAAAUCGCCAACAGCAACGAAAGGCGGAGGAUGCAGAGCAUAAAUAAUGGUUUCCAAUCUCUAAGGUCCUUGUUGCCGCAUCACGAGGGAGAAAAAUUAAGCAAGGCCGCAAUUCUGCAACAAACCGCCGAAUACAUCUACUCUUUGGAGCAGGAGAAAACGAGACUGUUGUCGCAGAACUGCCAACUGAAAAGACUCGUGAGUCAGCAUGAGAGCGGCGGCGGCGAAUUACCGCCAAAGAAGCGCAAGACUGAAAUCAUUUUACCCACGAUAACAACAGAGUCCUCCGACGAAGGGCUCGGUUCCAUGUCCCCGGAGCCCGUGAGUCUCAUCACCGUAAACGUUGGCUCCGAGUCCCCCGCCGAAUUGCGCCGGCAAUUGGACCGUGAAAGGGGGCUGCGGAUGGUGCUCGAGGAACAAGUGCGGCAAUUCGAGAGCCAGAUCUACCACCAACAGCAAAACACACAACCCCAGAUCUACCAAGUGGAGGGCACGGAGGAGCUCGCCCUCCAGCUGGUGAGCGCAGAGUGUUUGCCCCCUGUGGGGCACACGCAGACGGUGGUGUGCUCGCCGCCGGCGUCGCGCAGCCCUAGUCCCGAGCCCGAGCAGCGACUGCCAUCGGUGCUGGAGGCGGCCAUCAAGGCCGAGCCUAAGGUGGAGGUGGAGCGGCUGCCGUCGCCCAAUCCGGGCCACGAGGACGCCGCCCCCCGGCUGUACGCCUCCAACACCUCGCGCCAGAACCUAGAGACCAUCGUCGAGGCCAUCCGGCACUUGGAAGGCGACCACAUGUUUGGCGACGAGCCUCUUUCGCAGGAGGUGCCGUUAGCGCUCACCAAGAACGAGAGGAUGAACACGCUGAUGGAGUUUAGCGCCGCGAUGGUGCAGCAGAGCCAGCAGUCGCGGCCGGGGGUUAUUGUCGUCAAGCAGGCUUCGUGAUCCCGCAUUAUACAUUUCGCACGUUCGUAUUCCUGCAACGUGCCAAGCAUCCCGGAAGGGAAGUCGGGAUCUGUCCCCACCAGCAAAAGCAAACAGUGUUAGGUCGGCCUGCCGCCACUGAAACGCCGUCGUAGUGUUCCUACAUCGUUUCUAUCGUACGGCGGAGGGAGAAUGGACGGCGGCCGGCCAAGGUUUUUGAAAAUUCAGAUUUUUAAUAUGACGGUUUUUUUACGAUUUUUUUUUGUUACUUAAAAAAAGUAAUGUUUCUUUUUAUUUGAAACGCCAAAAAUAUAUUUAUCAUAAAAUUAGAAAUUGUAGUGAAAUUGUGUUCCUUUUGUACAUAUAUUUUUACUUUUAGGGAAAACGCCCUUAGCUCGGCGAUUAGACAUAGCUGUAUUGUAGCACGAGUAGUCCAGUCAAUGACAUGACGUAAGUAAUUUUUUUCUCAAAAAAGAAAAUGGUGGAAAUAAAUGGCUUACGCUCAGUUGAUUGUACUAUAUAAUAGAGAAAUAUGUUUCAUUUUCAGUUCGUUUGUUGUUUUCUUUUUGUUUAAGAUUAUGUUUUUACAAUUGUAUAUACUAAAAAUUAGUAUACGUAUAAUGAAGUUUCAAAAUAUUAAUGAUUGUUUUUCGUUACAUUAGUAGAAUAAUGGAGAUUGAGUUCUGAUGAUGAUCAGGGCACAUGCCGACACACAUUCAAAUAGUAAUAAUGUGGUGGCAAGAUCCCGUUGCAACUUGUUGCCUCUCUGUGAAUUGUAACUUCUGUCAUACCUGCAUGAGUGUGUAUUUGGAGUAAGGUGUGUGCUGAGUUUCUUUUUAUACUUAAAAUUUUUCGAGAAUAAAUUAGUUCCAAGCUUGACUCGGGACAGUACUGAAAUUCUGAGUAACUGCGAUAACAAGAGUAAUAAAUUUAGAUUAGGUAGGUACGGGAAGGGUCUUGUGUGGUGGCCGUUGUUAUAGUAGUAUAUUUUUACCGACGUAGGAAAUUGUUGAAAGGGUUAUUGGAAACGGAAGGUGACCACCCGCAAGGUCUUGUUGUUGGGAGUUGAAUGUCUGUCUACUUACAUCAUCCAAUUGAAAGGUUAGGAAAAUUUUUGCACUCAGUCGUGGCUGUUCAGGGAAAGUUCCUCCGUUUUUCAGUUGAUUUUUAUAUACAUUUUUUACAUUAUUUUUAGCUUUUCAGGGCAAGGCUUUCUCUUUAUUAUUACCCCUAAGUAUUCACAGUUUAUGCAAGACUGGGUGUAGACAUAGUAAUAAUAAUUAUAUAGAUGUACUUCAUAAGUCUACUUUGUAACUAUUGGAUGGAUGUAAAGUAAGUCGAUAACUAAAUUUAACGUUUCUUUAAUUGGUUCCCAUUAUUACUGUGAUUGUAUUUAUAUAAAAAUUCAUAACAUUACAAUGCUAAUUUAGUAUAUGUACUAGCCACAGGCUAUUUUGCGGGCUUGUAUCUGUUGAAACUGUUGCUUUUCAUACAGCACUCCAUAACUUGUCUGUAUUACCAGCGAUUGAUCAUCACAUACCGUUUGCAGCUAUUCUGACAAACUUAUUGAUGGUCUAUCGCUGAUUAUGUAUUUUGUUGAAGCUCCAAUGUUAUUGCAACAUACAUAUUAUUUUAUUUUUUUUACACGUUUUAAAAACAUCUAUGCUGCAGUAACUUUGAUCGUUUCCGAUAAGGUCUGGUCCGACAAAAUAAUCACUGCACACAUUAACUUAUUAUGGUUAUGUGCUUCGAUCAUUAUGUUGUGUCGCUUGUAUAAAAACAAAAAUAUUUCAAUAAAAUAUUAUAAAUUA